AUGUCGAAGAAGUUCGUUCCGAGAGAGCGAAAACACAGGAAGCUUGCCCGACAAAGCAGCGACGAUCCCCGAAGAAGCGUCUCAGACCACGCCAAUGCAACAGAGAUCAUCCCUCUGUCGAAGUCGGAGAAAGAGGAGAGACGGAGGAAUCUGCAAGAGGAGAUAAAGGCUCAACAGCCUGACAAAAUCAACAGCAAGAAGAGGAAAAGGCUUGACAAAUAUAUCGAUACCAAGCUGAGGAAGGAAGAGAACCAAGAUCUCAUCAAGAAGCUAUCCCAGCAACAAGCAGUCGAUCCAAGCCUCUUGCAAAGCUCGCGAAAGCUUGGUCGGGUGCACGAGAGCAAGAGAGAACGCCUGCACAGGGCGAUUAAGGAGCGAGAGGCCGGGAUCAGUGAUGGCGAUGACAUUCUGUUUGAAAAGAGGGAGGUAGCCGAAAGCCCAACGAGCGAUCUCGAACCCGAGGACAAUGUCCAUGCCACCGAGGGAGACGCAAAGCCUACGAACAACGGCGCGACAUUCGGGAUAGGCCUGAAACGCCCUCUCGACACCAACGAAGAAGGCCGGCCGGUGAUCAAGCGACGAAAGAGACGGAAACAGGCGAAAGAGCUAUCACCCGAUCCCCCACCCAGUGCGGGCGACUCGAGCUCCGAAGAAGAUCAGGAUGGCUCAGAAGCAGAGUCAGAAUGGGAGGGAUUCGGAUCGGAUGAUGAUGAUGGAAAAGUGAGGGAGGAACUAUCUUCAAAUGAAGAACAAGAAAGCUCAGAGGGCUCCGCGAAUGAGACCGAUGAUGAGGCAGAGGAAGACGACAAUGAGGAUGACUCGGAAGAUGAGGCAGAAGACGAGAAGCCCGGACGAGUCUCUGCAUUCAAGGCCUGGGCAGACUCACAGCGAAACGAAGCAGUAGGAUUCACACCGUCUGCAGUCCCUGUCAACAAUGAAGCCGCCAAGGCCGCUUUCAAACCUCGGGCACCGUCACCGGAUCCUGCAGCGGCCGAGAUCAUGUCCACUGUGCAGAAUGGACACUCAUAUCGCCCUCAAGCGGCAGUCACCAUCCCACGAUCAGAGGAAGUCCAAUCUGCUCGUAUCGAAUUGCCCGUAGUUCAAGAGGAACAGAAGAUCAUGGAAGCCAUACACAACAAUUCAGUGUCCAUAGUGUGUGGCGCUACUGGGUCUGGCAAAACUACACAGCUUCCUCAGAUGCUACUGGAGAAUGGAUACGGGGCUGAUGGCAUAAUUGGAAUUACACAACCUCGUCGUGUCGCUGCUGUCUCGGUGGCCAGCCGAGUCUCACAUGAGCUGGGCGCGCAAUAUGGCAAGCAGGUUGCCUAUCAAGUCAGAUACGACUCGAACGUAGGAUUUGGCACAAAGAUCAAAUUCAUGACCGAUGGCAUUCUAUUGCGUGAGAUCAGCCAGGACUUUGCUCUCAGCAAGUACAGCGUCAUUGUGAUUGAUGAAGCGCACGAGCGCAGUGUCAAUACCGACAUCCUCAUCGGAAUGCUGUCUCGUAUCGUUCCACUCCGUCAUGAUCUGAGUAAGGAGGAGCCGAAGAAGUACAAGCCGCUGAAACUUGUCAUAAUGAGUGCAACCCUCCGCGUGGCCGACUUCUUGAUGAAUGCGAGGCUGUUCAAGAGCACCAAGCCACCGAUUGUACAAGCAGAAGGAAGACAAUACCCUGUGACCGAGCACUUUGCUCGUCGAACGCAACGUGAUUUCGUGGAAGAGACUGUGCGGAAGGUGUCGAGAGGACAUCGUAAACUGCCCCCAGGAAGCAUUCUGGUCUUCUUGACAGGUCAAGAUGAGAUUCAAACAGUGGCCAAGAAGUUGAAAGAGGAGUUUGCGAAUUCAAACACCGGCUUCGUGAACUCCAAGCGUCCUGCUCUCAGCGCAAGACAAAGCAAUGACUACCUAGAAAAGGAAGAGGAAGGAGACGAUGAGUCUGAUGUCGAGAUCACUGGUCUGGACGAUUACGAUGACGCAGAAGAUGCAGAAUUCGACGAUGUCGAACCAGAUCCAGCUCUCCCACGAAAAGGCGCCCUGAAAGCACAGAUUCUACCACUGUAUGCAGCACUUCCUGCAGACCAGCAGAUGCGUGUCUUCAAGCCGACCCCUGAAGGUUCAAGGUCUAUCGUCCUUGCAACGAACGUGGCCGAAACGUCGCUCACCAUUCCCGGGGUGAGGUACGUCUUCGACUGCGGGCGUAGUAAGGAGAAGCGAUACGAUACUGCCACUGGCGUACAAGAGUUUAAGAUUGACUGGAUAUCGAAAGCAAGUGCUUCACAGCGUAUGGGUCGAGCUGGUCGUACAGGCCCUGGGCAUUGCUACCGACUGUACAGCUCAGCGAUCUACGAACAGUAUUUCGAAGAGCACACACUGCCUGAGAUCCUUCGAACGCCGAUUGAAGGCACAGUACUACAGCUGAAGACGAUGAACGUGGAUAAUGUUGUGAACUUCCCUUUCCCUACUCCGCCACAAGGCGAGCAGCUUGCUCAGGCAGAGCGUCUGCUGAAGAACAUUGGAGCGAUCAACCCGAGCGAUGGCAAGGUCACCGAAGUGGGACAAGAGUUGAUCCACUACCCUGUCAAUCCACGGUUCGGCAAGAUGCUGUUGCUGGGCCUGCGGAACAACGUGCUUGCGUAUACGAUCGCACUGGUUGCGGGUCUUGCUGUGGGCGACCUGUUCAUACCGGAGCCGCAAGCUCUUUCGAGCCGGAAUGGCAACGCCGACGAUGAAGACGAAGAUAACGAAGACCAAGAUAUUCUCAAUAGUCGAAAGCAAGCAUACGGCAGAGCGCAGAAAACCCUCUCAGCCUGGGACGACAAAGCCGAUGUAAUGAAACUCUUGACAACAGUGGCCGCCUACGCCCAAGUCGAAGCCGGCGGCACAAAAGAGUUUUGUGCAGAAUACUACUUGCGUGAGAAAGGCAUGAACGAAGUCCAGCUGCAGCGACGCCAGCUACACAACAUCAUGCAGAACCGAGUGAAGGAUCCCAAUCAAGCAGGUGUCUCAUCCACGACAAGCCUCUCCCCUCCAUCCCAGAAAGAAAUCAACCUUCUGAAGCAACUAGUCGCAGCUGGUUAUAUUGACCACGUAGCGAUCCGCGGGGAUAAGCUGCCCAACGCUGCAUCCAGAGGUAGAAAGCCCACCCGCGCAGGUGAAGUUCCCUACCGCACGCUCCUCCCCUCAAUCGCCGAGGUGGAAAUCGACCGCACCGCCAGCCCAUCGGAGCAGGAAGAGCAGCGCAGCGUAUACGUGCACGGUAGCAGCGUUCUCGCGCGCCUCUCACCGCGCGAGAUGCCCGACUACGUGGUAUAUUCUCACCUGAGCCGGCGCGAGGGGCAAGGGGGCAAGAACCGCACGAGGAUGCAUGCCCUCACCACAGUUGGGCCCAAACAGCUCGCAGCGCUCGCGGAGGGUACUCCCCUUCUCGAGAUGGGGAAACCUCUCGGCAAGAUUGAGGACCGCGAUGGCGGGAGGAGGAGGGAGUGUUGGGUGCGGAUCGCGGUGAGGGAUCCUCACUCGGUGGGUGAGGGUUUUCCGCUUGCGCCUUGGAAGGUGCUGCAGGUGAGGAAGGGCGGCGUGUGGGUGAUUGAGAAGGUUCUUGAUAGGGGGAGGUGA